UCACAUUUGAACUCAGGUCAUCCUGACUUCAGGGUUGGAGCUCUAUCCACUGCGGUACCUAAUUAACUACCUCGAUGCCAACUCAAUUUAAAAGUGUGUUGUUUGUACCUCUCUCUUCCCUUCAAGAUCCAAAUAUUGAAUUCUUGCCAGUACAUCCCCGGGUGGGAGAGUUGAAAGGGAGACAGAGAGAGGCAGAGAGACUGGAUGACAGAGAUGGGGAGAGACAGAGAUAGAAGAGAAGACCGACACAGAAGUGAGAAUUUUACGAAGGGCAGACGCAGAUCGAGACCAAAUCGAUUCUAUGAUUCUUUUUAGACAGGACACAGAGAGCGACAACUUAAACUACACUUAGACUAUACUUGAAUCUGAUGCUUUGCCUUAGUCUUAACACGGUUGUUUUCUUUUGCUCCGCUCCGAGCAAGAAUUUCCCCAUCUCCGCCCAGAGCUGGAUACAUCAACUCGGGGAUCCACCCCCUCCUUGGCAGUGCGUGAAUGAAGGGAGGGGAGUCGGCUCCCCGCCCCGGAAGGCUGCACUUCCUGGUCCCGAGGAUAAAACUGGCCCUCCCUGGCCAGUGGGGACUCGUCCCUUCCUCGCCAUGGGCCCUUCGGACCCAGAGAACCCAGAUCGCACCUCGAACGCUCCGACCCGCACCUGCCGCGUCCUGGACUGGUUUUUUGUGACUGCCCUGAUACUGCUAAGCGGAGCCCUGGUCUUUUUCACUACUCGAAAGAUAAAUCCUGACCAUCCUCACGCUUCCGAAGGGCUCUCUGCUCCCCAAUUCCCUGCUCAGAGCCCCUAUGCCCAGCUGGUGAUGAAAGAUGCCUUGGUGCAGAACCAGACACUGAGUUGGCACAGUGAUCCUCAUCUUUCUGGUGUGUCUCUGGACCCACGAAUGAAUUACGAUGCUGAUAAAGGAGAGCUGGAGGUCAAAGUCGCUGGGCUUUAUUUCAUCUACACUCACCUGAAACUUCAGCAGGUGGUGGUUCCUGCAUACAGCCAAGGUACAGUCGAAGUCUCUGUGACUGUGGUGCAGGACUUUGGACAACGAGCUGUCUUGAAUCUCUCCCUGGAUGUGGGACCUUCCAGCACUUCCACCAUCACCACCUCGGAGUCCUCCCUCAUCUUCCUGCAUCCUGGGGAGCGGCUCAGGCUCAGCAUGAGCGCCACAGCAGGGGACUUCCUGGACUGGCAGCUGGUGUCAGGGGCCAAUACCUUUGGCCUUUUCUGGGUGGGUGGGGGACAGCCCUUAACCAAACCUGGACAUUAACUGAGAUGAAUUAGCUGACACUGUGGUGUCUUCUUUAGAAGAUGGAGGAAGGGCAGAAAUGCUCUUGUUUUAUUUAACUUGGGGACCCCCUUACUUUAGGGUUGAACCUUGGGGAAUUCCCAGUGUAACAGCCGGCAAUUCUCUGCAAGUCCAAACUUGAAAAAGGCAAUAGAAGGGCUAUGGGAGGAGCCAUGCUGACUCUAGUCCUCACAGAGGCAGAGUAGUCCUGUUUUUGAAUCAUUUCUAGCAUUUAUUUGCUAUGUGACACCGGAUUUCUCUCAUCCUCACUUGCCUCAUCUGUAAAAUGGAUAUAAUCUUUGCACUGCCUAAUUCAUAAUAUUGUUGGGAGAAAAAUUUUAGAAAUUAAUCAUUAUUUAUUUAUUUAUAUAAUUAUUCCUAGACCAAGGGACCGGGGCCAAAAGGCUGCCUCUUCCCUCUGGCUUUUAGGAGUGCUAAACUACCUCAUGGGGACCUUCACGUGAAGUACUUGGAGAUCCCAUAUUCUCAGUCUCAGGAAGAGACUUGGGCAAGAGUUUACUGGUCCAGGGAACUCCAGGCCAAUUGCUCUGGAAUAUCUCUGUGUAUUUAUUCUGGGCUAGUGCACUUUAAAUUACUUUAUUUAUCCCCCUCAUGCCCUGGGGAAUGUUUCUAAAAUAAAUAAAAGCAUUCUGAAGACC